CUUUACUUUCUAUUUACCCUCUCUCUCUCUCUCUCAUUCUCACUUACACUCUCUCAGUUCCGUUCUGCUUUUUUCCUCCUUCUAUUCUUCAUGCUUGGCUAUUGUCGAUGCCUGCGUUGACGUAGUCACUCACCAUCUCGAUUUCUCUUGUCGCUCGCUCCUUGUCGCAUCCACACUCAUUAUCGUCUUGUCUGUCGCGAGACUCUUAAGGGGAUUUUGUUGGUUGUUCGUUUCGUACGACCACGCCCCCUGCCGCUCCUUGAGACCGCUUUUGUUUAUCACGAACUGCCACUAUUUUCGCACACACAACCAGUCCCGGCUCGUUGCUAUUGUGAAAGUACAUCGGAGAAUUUGCCGUGUUCCUGCUGAUCGAGCCGUUCCUGCACCUGAACAGUCUUGGCAGGAGUUGCGACUGCGUCCCAGCCAUCUGCAGAUACCCAAUAGCGACAUAACCAACGCCCGUUAAUUGCCGAAAGCCGCCUGGUCUUGACGACUGGAAAGUGGAGGAGUGAACUGCAGGAAGGUCAAAAAGGAUAGUCCGCACAGUUCAAGUAUCGUUUGUCGCCGCCAGCCACCGAAUCAAUGUAUCUGCGAUAUCAACGAUUAACACUCGGUAUCAACGCUUGAAUACUCUUCUAACCGGAUUGGAGGCCGCAUUGUCCAUCGGGUCCUCGCUCUGUCCGUUCCCUCCGCAUCGGUACGGUCCUUGAGACCCUUAAAUCGCUCUUUUUUUACGCUUGUUAUCCACCCACGCUCCUUUCAAUUUCAACAUGGUUUCUCCGACAAGAUCCCUGCUGCUCGCGCUUCUGACGCUGAGUGGUCUGGAUAUCACCGCAGCUGAGAGCGCAGCCGAGGCGCAAGACUUGCGGGCUCGGCACUACCUUGAGGGUCGCGCA